AUGCGUUCCAUCCUCGCAUUAGCGGCCCUUGCUGCCGUCGACCUCGUCGCCGGAAGCGCCUGCAAGCCCAAAUCCAGCACCACGAUCCCCUCACUCAUUUCAUCCUCCACCGACGCCACCAGCUCAUCGACCGCUACAACGGUCGUCACCCUCCCUAAAGUGCGCAACUUAGCCACCAAUGGAAACAUGGCCGAGAUCGACCCCAACAACCCUCUCUCUGUCCCCGACUGGGAGGUUGACGGCGAUGCUCGUAUCGUCGGAGGCGCUGGACGUGAAGAGCCUGGAAGCACUGAACGAGGCUGCGCUGCUAUGAGUGCUUCCAAUACUGGCGAUGGAAAGCGUGCUAUGGGUAUUUCUGUUAGUAUCUCGCAGAGCAUGUCCAACCUGAAUCUGGCGACGCCUUAUACCAUUCGCUUUUACUACCUCGUCGUUACAUCGCCUGCGGCCAUCAACCUCUGUCAAUUGACUGGUUUCCUUGGCGGUUCCGUCUUCUAUCAGAACUGGGUCUUCAGCAGUGGUACAGCCGUGUCUUGGAACGAGGUUCUCCAGGCCGUUACCCCGGCACAGGUCAAUGCUCCUCUUCGUAUCGCGAUGAACUGUCUGAUGGGUGGUGGAGCGACUGUCCUUGUCGACUCGGUCUUCAUCUCGAACGCUGUCACGCCACAGAACAUCAACAACUUUGCUGUCAACUUUGGCAACACCGGUGCGGGUGCCAAUCCUCCUCUCGACCCUCCUGUCGUCGGUCCUCAGACAACCACCAGCUCUUCGUCGCAAAAGAUUACAUCGACUACUCAACAAGUAGAGACCACAUCCGUCCCCCAAGAUCAAGAGACCACUUCUGUUCCUCAAUUCCUGGAGACCGAAUCCCUCUCCCAGAGGCAGGGUACAACUUCUGUUGCCCAACAGCAAGAGACGACAACGGGCUCCCAAGACCCAGAGAAGCCAGAGACUACGUUUACUGCCCCGGUUCAACAUACUGAGACGGGGACAACUAGUCAACAGAACCAGGUUACUUCAACCCAGGCAGCUUCACAACAGACCUCGACUGGUAAGCCCGAUGCCGAGACUACCAGCAAGCCUCCUUCGGACGUUCAGUCCUCAACUGUCCCUGUAGUAGGCACAACCAGCACAGCGCCUGAGCAACCGUUCUGCUCGAAGGCUCUCAACGGAGGCUGUUGGUGGAAGCGCCCCGACAACGGCAACGACAUGGUCAACUGCGCUAGCCGAGGUUCUUGGCCUGGAUCCACUGGCCAAGGCCAUCUCGUCCCUCGUCCGGAUAACUACCCUCUGCCCUUGAGUCAGCUUUGGUGUUUGGGUUGGUGCUCACUCUCACCUGGCUGCAAAUCCGUUGCGUUCAUCCCUGAGGAUCGCAGUUGUCGCUUCUCGGAGCAUCAAGUGCAGGAUGCUGAUUUCGUUCCUGGCCCUGAUCCCAACCUCGACACCGAGGGCGUGUUUUACUGGCAUGAUCUUUCUUGCUUUAACUGCCCUUGUAACGAUGAGCCCUCUCCUACCUCUGUUGCAUCAACCACUCAGUCUGCUGAACCUACUGGUCUUGUCAAGUUACCCGCUGCGUCAACUUGCCCCAAGUCCCUCGAGAAUGGAUGCCGAUGGAACGAGAGGUCUAAUGGCGGCGGUCUCGUCACUUGUCAGUAUCGUGGUAGAUGGCCGGGAAGUGAUGGCGCUGGCUUUGCUGUUGAGCAACCGCGUGACUAUCCUACGGCCUGGAGUCAAAUGUGGUGUGUUGCCUGGUGUUCGCUCUACCCCGGUUGCAAGUCUGCAGCCUGGAUGCCAAAUGACCGAUCGUGCCGUUUCUCCACCCAUUCACUCUCUGACGCUGACUUCGAAAUGGCUGCUGAUCCCAACUCGGAUUCCGUAGAGGAUGGUAUCUACUACUGGCAUAGCCUCGACUGCAUGGCCUGCCCUUGUCACGACGAUCCUACCACCUCUAUCCUCCCUUCAGAAUCGACCACUCUUGUCCGCGCCGUAACACCUAAGCCAAACACCCCAACAACCGUCACAGCUACCACCAAGGCUGUCACAGGAACCCCAACUCCUGGUCCCGCAGAGCAGCCCUGUGAAUGGGAGAAUGGCCAGGGAAUCUGCUAUAGACCCUUCGAGAAGGAGCAGGGACCUUGUGGUGGAAAGCUCAUGAUAGUGAACCCAUCGCAGUACAAAAAGCUGCCACUGAACUGGAAGCCCGAGAUUACAGAACCUGUCCAGUGUGCGAUCAUGUGCCAUACCAACCCCGAUUGUUACGCGUGGGGUUUUGAAUGGAGCAGCAACAUGAACUGUGUUCUUUCUCUUGGACGGACUGAAGUUGAUCAACUGCAGGUUGUUUCUUCAGGAGCUCAGUAUCGCUGGUACUCUCAUACGUGCUGGGAGUGUCGGGAUUGUGUUACUCGGUGGAACUGGUCUUGGGAUUCCUUGCCUGCUGGAAACUAA